AUGUUUGCAGAUGACAUUGUGAUCUGUAGUGAGAGCAGGGAACAGGUGGAGAAAAAGCUGGAGAGGUGGAGAAUCCCCCUGAAGAAGAUGCCAUCCGUCAGAGAGACGCUGCAGCAAAUGGGUGUUUCCACAAAGCAGGUGUUUACUGAGUUGUCCCAGAUGAGCACAGUUGACACCAACAACGGGACUGUUCCCACACCACUAACCAACUACUUUGAUACUCAGUACUUUGGAGAAAUAAGCAUCGGUUCUCCAGCCCAGAUGUUCAACGUGGUGUUUGACACAGGUUCCUCCAACUUGUGGGUGCCCUCACAACGCUGCUCACCUUUCUCCACCGCCUGUUUUACCCACAACAGAUAUGAUGCUUCGCAAUCCCACACUUAUGUUGAGAAUGGCACAGGAUUUUCUAUCCAGUAUGCUUCUGGAAAUGUCAGGGGAUUUCUGAGCGAAGAUGUGGUUGUGGUUGGUGGUAUUCCUGUGGUGCAAGUAUUUGCUGAAGCCACUUCUCUGUCUGCCAUGCCUUUCAUCUUUGCCAAGUUUGAUGGAGUCCUGGGGAUGGGUUACCCCAACAUGGCCAUUGAUGGUAUAACUCCAGUGUUUGACCGUAUCAUGUCCCAGCAUGUCCUCAAAGAACAAGUGUUUUCUGUGUACUACAGCAGGGAUCCAAAACAUUCUCCUGGGGGAGAGCUGGUCCUCGGCGGGACUGACCCAAACUACUACACUGGGAAUUUUAAUUAUAUGGAAACCAGAGAGGUGGGAAAAUGGGAAGUUACCAUGAAGGGUGUUUCUGUCGGGAUGGAGAUGAUGUUUUGUGCAGAGGGCUGCACAGCUGUAAUUGACACGGGAUCUUCCUACAUCACAGGCCCGGCCUCUUCUGUGUCUGUCCUGAUGAAAACCAUCGGAGCUCGGCUGGAUGAAAGUGGAUACAAAAUCAACUGUGACGCUGUCACAACUUUGCCUAGUGUCACUUUUCAUUUGGGAGGCCAAGAAUACUCACUCACACAUGAGGAUUAUAUCUUAUGGCAGUCACAGAUUGAAGGGGACGUCUGCACUGUCACCUUCAGAGGCUUGGAUGUGCCGCCACCUACAGGUCCCAUCUGGAUUUUAGGAGCCAACUUCAUUGCCCGAUACUACACAGAGUUUGACCGCCACAAUAACCGGAUAGGGUUUGCUACAGCAGUCUGA